GACAUGUGGUGGAUUUAGCAUGGCUGAAGGCGAGAAAGUAACAGAGCCUCCCUCAUCAGAGGCCGGUGGACCCCCGGGAGGCUUGAUUUCUCUAGAGCUGCCGAGUUUUUCCGAUGCCUGCGCGUUGGUGGACAGCCCAUACUCAUGCCUGGUAGUUGAGACCCACCGCAGGCACCUGGCCAUGUCGCCUAAGUACUUAAACAAGAAACGGACCGGUAUCCAAGAGCAGCUCAACACCGAGCUAUUAAAAUACAACGAUGGGUUGGCGGGUGUCCCCGUGGCAUAUGAUAAUAUUAAACUUGUUAGUGAAUUGGGUGAUAUCUUUGAUGACCUUGGGCACAUUCAUCUAAAUAUCGAAGCAGAUUUUGUCAUUUUCCAGCCUUCGCGUGGACAGAUCCUUGUGGGCGUUGUCAAUAAAGUAGCCCCAAGUCACAUUGGCUGUCUUGUCCAUGGCUGUUUCAAUGCAUCUAUACCAAAGCCUUUUAAAAUGGCCAUUGAGGCUUGGCAGCAUCUUGGAGUGAAUAUAGGGGAUUGCAUUGAGUUUGAAGUGUUCCGUUUGGACUCUGACGCUGUGGGUGUAUUUUGCAUCCGAGGAAGACUAGAUCCAAGAAUGGAAGCUUUAGCAAUUGAAAGGUUAAAUGAUGCAAAUGCCAACCAAGAUGCCGGGGAUGCUUCUGAUCAGAAGGAGGAUGUGUCUGCUGAUGGCAGUUCAGAGUUGGUAAGUGUGGAAAACCAGGAAAAAACAAAGAAAAAGUCAAAGAAAAGAAAAUAUCAAGAAACAGAUCUGGGCACGCAAGAUAUAUCUGAGGACUGCUCCACGCUAGAAGAAUCAAGCUUAGAAACUUCAACUCAGCAAAUUGAAGAAACACCCAGAAAAGAAAAGAAAAAGAAAAAACGUCAUGAUACUGUAGUGGAAAAUAGUGUGCUUGUAGAUGAAGCUGCUCCCGUUACAGAUACUAGUACGCUAGAACUGGAUGGUGAGACCUCGGCUCCUAUAAGUCAGGAGAAACGAACAAAAAAGAAAAGUAAAAAGAGCCGCCAGGGAAAUUCUGAGGCUGAUUUUGUUCAAAGUGGGCUAUCAGAAGAUGCAAGUUUUACAGAAAGUAGUACCUUGGAAGAACUGGUAAAGAUUAAGAAAAAGCAUAAAAAACACAAGAACUCUUCAUUUGAGGAAGACCUUGACAAAAACAUUUCUAACGGAGCUGUAAGCGUGGAAUGCCACGAUGAGCACAUUGCUGAAAGCGUUGAGGUCUCCCAAGAUGUGCCAAAGAAAAGCAAACACAAAAAGAAGCACCGGGAACAUUUAAGUGAUACUUGUGAUUACCAGGUUGAUAGUAUCAAUGGGGAAGAAAAAGGGGAAUUGUUAGAUGUUUCCGUAACGCAAUCUGAGCCAAAACCUAAAAAACGGAAAGAAUGACACAUGCAGAACUUAAAAUUGCUAAAUCGUGUUUUUCUAUUGAAAUAUAUUUUAAUAUGCUAUUAAAUAUAAUUUUUGGUG